GAUGCGAGGGCCUCAAGGUCACACCUCACACCCUGAGUGACGCUUCAGGUGGGGUCUGUGCGGCUGCCCCGCCAGGGAAGCUGCCUCAGGGAGAGCAGCACCCGCCUCAGCCCCUCGGCCCCGGCCGGCCUCUGCGAAGUGACCCUGCAAGGGGCCUCCGGGACAGGACCAUGGCGUUUUCUGAACUCCUGGACCAAGUGGGGGGCCUGGGCAGGUUCCAGGUUCUCCAGAUGGUGGCCCUGGUGGUCCCCAUCACAUGGGUCACCACACAGAACAUGCUGGAGAACUUCGGGGGCGCGGUGCUGGCCCACCGCUGCUGGGUGCCCCUCCUGGACAACGGCUCUGCCCAAGCAGGCGCCCCCAGCACCGUGGGCCCCGAGGCCCUCCUGACCGUCUCCAUCCCGCCCGGGCCCAACCAGGGGCCCCACCAGUGUCUCCGCUUCCGCCAACCGCAGUGGCAGCUCCUGGAGCCCAACGCCACGGCCAACUGGAGCGCGGCGGCCACGGAGCCGUGUCUGGACGGCUGGGUGUACGACCGCAGCACCUUCACCUCCACCAUCGUGGCCGAGUGGGACCUGGUAUGUGACUCUCAGGCCCUGAAGCCCAUGGCCCAGUCCAUCUACCUGUCUGGGAUCCUGGUGGGAGCUGCCGUGUGUGGCUAUGCCUCGGACAGGUUGGGGCGCAGGCUGGUGCUGAGCUGGAGCUACCUUCAGAUCGCCGCCUCGGGCACAGCAGUCGCCUUCGCCCCCACCUUCCCUGCGUACUGCCUGCUCCGCUUCCUGGUGGCCUUUGCCGUGGCGGGCGUCAUGAUGAGCACCAGCACGCUCCUGAUGGAGUGGACGUCGGCCCGAGUCCUGGCAAUGACUCUGAACGCCCUGGGGUUCAGCUUCGGACACAUCCUGAUGGCCACUGUGGCCUAUGGCGUGCGAGACUGGGCCCUGCUGCAGUUGGUGGUCUCCGCCCCCUUCUUCCUCUGCUUUGUGUACUCCUGGUGGCUGGCAGAGUCGGCUCGGUGGCUCCUCAUCAAGGGCAGGCUGGACCAGGGCCUGCGGGAGCUGCAGAGGGUGGCCGCCAUCAACAGGAAGAGAGCCGUGGGGGAUGCCAUGACCACUGAGGUCCUGCUCUCCACCAUGCAGGCGGAGCUUAGUGUGGGCAGGGCCCCCGCUGGCCUGGGCACCCUGCUGCGCUUGCCUGGGCUGGGCCUGCGGAUCUGCAUCUCCGGUCUGUGCUGGUUCGCCUUCGGCUUCACCUUUUACGGCCUGGCCAUGGACUUGCAGGCCCUGGGCAGCAACAUCUUCCUGCUCCAGGCCCUCGUGGGAGGGGUGGACAUCCCGGCCAAGAUGGCCACUCUGCUGCUGCUGAGCCGCGUGGGACGGCGGCCCACGCAGGUGGCCGCACUGGUGCUGGCCGGGCUCUGCAUCCUGGCCAACACACUGGUGCCCCGGGAGAUGGGGGGUCUUCGUUCAGCCCUGGCCAUGCUGGGACUCGGGGCGCUGGGGGCCACCUUCACCUGCAGCUCCGUCUACAGUGGUGAGCUCUUCCCCACCGUGCUCAGGACGACCGCAGCGGGCAUGUGCCAGAUGGGGGCCCGCGUGGGAGCCAUCCUGGGGCCUCUGGUCCGGCUGACGGGUGUUUACGGCGCCUCUGUGCCCCUGCUGGUGUACGGGGCGGUGCCGGUCCUGAGUGGCCUGGCCGCGCUGCUGCUGCCCGAGACCCGCGGCCUGCCGCUGCCGGACACCAUGCAGGAAAUGCAGAGCCAGGGGGUAAAGAAGGCAGCACACAGCACCCAGGAGGGCCCUGUCCUGAAAUCCACACGCUUUUAGCCUCCCGGGGCGCUGCCCGGAACGAGGGGCGGAGGCUGCUCCACUAUGCAAAAGGCAGGAGAGCAAAAGAUUGGAUCUCCAGGGGCCCCAGGGCCGCUCCUCCAGCGCACCCAGCCCCGCCGAUGGCGGCCUCAGCACGGAAGGGGCAAGGAUGACUUGACUGGCAGGAGGCUGCUGGCCCAGCGUCGCCCGACCUCCCUCAGGAUUGCGAAGAGGAUCAGG